UGUACUCUAUGAAAAAUCAUCAAAAAUAAACAGCAAUUAAGAGAAUUUCGAAGCCACGUCAAAGUGGAACUCGAAAAGUCGGAACGCAUUCGAAGUACCGAUAAAAUGAUCAUUGCGUCUUAAUGUUACUGAACACCUGAGAGUUUACGUUGAAAAAUGGCAAAUAAUAGUAGUUCAAGCCAAUUUAACAUAAACAGCAACAUACUUCAUACAAGGGAAGAUUCAAAACAAGAGUUCAGUGGAAUUAGCAUUGACUUAAGUUCAUCGACAUCAACAAUUGCUUGCAGAAUUUGCCAAGACAGUAAAAAUCUAUCAGAGCCGUUAAUUUCACCAUGCAGGUGCUCUGGUAGCAUGGGCCUGAUUCAUAAAACCUGUCUGGAGAAGUGGCUAGGACAUUCAGGAAGCAACCGAUGUGAGGUUUGUCAAUUUGAAUUUAAAACUGAACGAAUAUCAAAACCGUUUAGAGUAUGGUUACAGGAUGGAGACCAUUCUCGAGAUCGGCGCUAUUUCCUGAUCGAUGCCCUGUGCUUUAUGUUGCUAACACCAUUAGGCUGUAUCAGUUCGUGGCUCUGCAUACAAGGCGCAAAAGAAUAUUACGAAACAACUGACAAAUGGACCGGCUUCGGACUGAUUAUGUUAUCUACCUUCUUGGCUUUGAUGUACAUAUUCUGGGCAUUGAUUACUUUUCGAUAUCAUAUCGAGGCGUAUCGAAAAUGGCAGAGAAAGAAUCAAGUUGUUCGCAUAAUAUUUGAAGACAGUACUCUGCGAGAGACUGAAAAUGUAUAGAAAUAUGUUGUACAUAUUUGUUUGCCAAAAUUCCAAUUUUUUAUGUUUGAGAUGUAGUCUGUAUUACUACGACAAUGUAUCUGUACAGGGUAAAAGAUGAACACAGUCACUGUCAAUUGAAGGGACAACACGAUAGCUAUAGAGGCAGUAUUGAAAGCAUCAUAACAAGAAAUGUUGUCUGAUUAUAACAUUAAGUGUAAAAGUCGGAAUUGCAAAUGGGAACCUCCCAGUUCUACGCAUUAAAGCAUGUUUAGCUCUGCCUAUACGGCAAUGUGAGCUAUAUAAAAGAUAAUAAAAAUACAUGGUUUGAAUUAGAAUA